AUGUCUUCUGUUUCGACUAUUCCCUUUGCGGAUCCUCUCUGGCUCAACCGCGGGCUGAGCCCCUACUACACUGAUUCGCAUCGUCAACUCCAAAAAGAGGUCCGCGAGUAUGUUGAUACCUAUAUUCUCCCAUUUUGCGAUGAGUGGGAGAAGAAAGGAGUUGUCCCACCGGAGGUUCACAAGCGACACGCAGAACUCGGAUACACAGCUGUCAGCUCUUUCCCGCUCGCUGCAGACUAUCUCAAUGGCCAGCGACUUCCCGGAGACAUCAACCCACGAGACUGGGACGGAUUUCAUGAUAUCAUUGUCAUUGAUGAACUUGCCCGGUGUGGCUACCUGGGUAUCAUUUGGGCAUUGGGAUGUGGCAACUCGAUUGGCGGACCACCAGUGAUCAAUUUCGGUAACGAGGAACAAAAGAAAAGAUUUCUUCCCGAUAUGCUGAAGGGGAAUAUCAGAUUCUGCCUCGGUGUGACGGAACCUGACGCUGGAUCUGAUGUGGCCGGACUGACCACUACGGCGGAGCGAAAGGGAGACGUUUAUAUUGUCAACGGAGCAAAGAAAUGGAUCACCAACGGGAUUUUCGCAGAUUACUGCACAGCAGCUGUGAGAACCGGGGGUGCAGGAAUUCAGGGUAUCUCGGCUUUGAUUAUUCCUCUGAAAGCUCCUGGGGUGACUUGCAAAAAGAUUGAAAACUCUGGUGUGCAUGCAAGCGGUUCAACAUAUAUCGAGUUUGACGAGGUAGAGGUGCCUGUGGCCAAUCUACUUGGUGUCGAGAACAAGGGGUUCCCUGUGAUCAUGAACAAUUUUAACCAUGAGCGACUCUGGCUCGCAUGUACUUCACUUCGAAUGGCGCGAGUUUGCGCCGAAGACGCGUAUCAACACGCUCUCAAGCGCGAGACGUUCGGCAAAAAGCUCAUUGAGAACCAAGUGAUCCGCGCCAAGUUUAGCGCCAUGGCACGGAGCCUUGAUGCUACGUAUGCCUGGAUGGAGCAGUUGGUCUAUAUCUCCGAGACAGCGAAAAGGCGGGGUGUUGAUGCAUCCAUGGGAGGCCUCUUUGCCAACUUGAAGGUUCUGGCAGGCCAAACGCUAGAGAAAGUCAACCGAGAGGCACAGCAGGUUAUGGGUGGACUCGGAUACUCGAAGAAUGGCCGUGGGGCCAGAAUCGAACAGGUCAGUCGCGAUGUGAGGGUGAUGGUGGUGGGAGGGGGGAGUGAGGAGAUUCUCUCGGAGCUGGCGGUCAAUCAGGAGAUGAAGAGUAUGCAGAGACAGAGUAAGCUCUAG